UAAUAGUCUAGUUUUUGGAUUGGGUAAUAGGUAAAUGGGAGAACACUAUAUUAUAAAAUAAAUAAACAAAUAGGGCCUGACAUCAAUCAUGAGUAGCAUGUUAUGAAACCAGGAGUAUUGUUAACUCAAUUCUAUAUAGCCUAAGUCUCCUCCAAACAUCAAAUGCUGCAUUGGAUUACUUAGACCCGGGCCUGAAAUAUUUGUUCUUCCCUCCUUCCAGGCUACGCAGAUGCUCCCCCAGCUCUUUGGUCAGGCCAGGAAGCAGUCGAGUGUGAUCUCUCUCUUUGUAUAUAUGUGAGCAGGAGGCACCAGAGCAGGGCUGCAUGUCUUGCAUCUGGUACUGUUUAACCCAGGUGUUAGCUGGGACAGAAAGAAUCCCCCAGAACCCUGGAAUAAACUGGGUCCCAAUGAUCAAUACAAGUUCUACUCGGUGAAUGUAGAUUACAGCAAACUGAAAAAGAAUGUCCAGACUUCUAAAUGA